CUGGGAAUGAGAAUAAUGACAGUUCAGAGGCAGAAGUCAGAUACCAAUUCUGAAACUGAAGACGAAGAAAAGAAUAAAUUGUUGAGUGAAAAUGAAAACGCGUAUUUAGGCCAAAACACAUCCGCAGAUGAGAAAGAGGCAUCAUCAAGCACAAAUGAAAACUCUGAUGCUGGACAGCAUGAUCAAGUUGACUCAUCCAGCUCUUUGAUUCCCCAAGAAGAGAAAGAUGCUCUGACUGACUUGGCAACUUUUCCUGAUACAGGAGCUGAAGGGAGCAACCAUGGAGACGCAGUUACAAAAUGA